AUGUCACGAAGGCGACGUGCAGAACCCCGCAUCAUCAAACCAGACCCGCGGUACAACAACACCGAGUUGGCCAAGUUCAUCAACCGGGUGAUGUUGAAGGGAAAGAAAUCCACGGCCCAACGCCUGGUGUACGACGCUCUGGAACUGGUUCGGGUGGAUUCCAGCCAGGACCCAAUGGCCGUUUUCGCCACCGCGCUACGAAACGCAACUCCCCUGGUGGAAGUGCGUCCCCGGCGCGUCGGCGGGGCCACCUAUCAAGUUCCGGUGGAACUACGCACCACCCGCAGCGAAGCGCUGGCCAUGCGCUGGAUAAUUCGCGGCGCCCGCGCCCGCAACGGAAUUCGCAUGGCUCGUGGACUGGCCAAUGAGUUUCUGGAUGCUGCCCGCGGCGAAGGUUCAGCCGUCCGUCGCCGGGAAGAACUGCACCGGAUGGCCGAGGCCAAACCGAGCCUUCGUCCAUUACCGUAG